CGGGGUCGUGUCCGGUCGGAGUUGAAUACUGGUUACGUUAUCUUUUACUGACAGAGAAACAAAGCAAAUAGUCUGAGAAGAAGCAAGACAUUCAUCACCACCACCAUCUUUCAGUUCACCUUAGCUUGUGUUUGUGUUUCAACCGCAUCGUUUUCAGCAUCUUGUGUUGGAACAGAGUACCUAUGGCUUCCUGUUACUUAAACCCUAUUCCGACUAGCUCUCGUCUCUUUUCACCAGACUUAUCUACAAAAUUCAAGAUUCCUAAGCUUCUUCACAGGAAAAAGAGGUUUGGUGUCUUGCCCAGAUCUUCAAAAGUUACAGCAUUUUAUGGCUUGAAGACCCCUCCCUACGAACAUGAUGCAUUAGAGCCAUAUAUGAGUAAGCAGACAAUUGACGUGCACUGGGGAGAGCAUCAUCGGAAUUUUAUUGAAGGUUUGAACAAACAGCUCGGGAAGGAUGAUAUACUUUAUGGUUACACCUUGGAUGAACUGGUCAAAGUGACAUACAACAAUGGCAAUCCUUCACCUGAGUUCAACAAUGCAGCUGAGGUUUGGAAUCAUGACUUCUUCUGGGAAUCCAUGCAACCGGGAGGAGGUGAUAUACCCAUACUAGGUCUCCUUCAACAGAUUGAAAAGGAUUUUGGAUCAUUUACGAAUUUCAAAGAAAAGUUUACAGAAGCUGCACUUACAUUGUUUGGUUCUGGCUGGGUUUGGCUAGUUUUGAAGAGAGAAGAGAAACAAUUAGCCAUUGUUAAAACUUCAAAUUCCAUUUGCCCAAUUGUGUGGGGUGAUAUACCAAUUAUCAAUUUGGAUUUGUGGGAGCAUGCAUACUAUCUAGAUUACAAGAAUGACAGAGCAAAGUAUGUGAAUGUAUUUCUGAACCACCUUGUGUCUUGGAAUGCUGCAACGGAACGCUUGACAUGGGGAGAGGCUUUUGUGAACUUGGGAGAACCUAAAAUUCCUGUUGCAUAAAAUAUUGAAAUGCUGAAUGAUUACUAUACUUAUGAACAAGACAUCUUAAAUGGAGUUGGCUUGAAAUUCAAAGGCUUCACAUGUCAUAGGGUUUGUCGUAUAACCAGCCAGAAAGGAAGGAAUGGAUCAGUCAUUGAUUGAGUACAACAUCCAUUGUGUCCCGUGUGCUUCUUUCUGGUUAUCUAUUUUUGCUGUGUUAGUGUAGGACUGAGGAAAAUCUGUAAUAUGGAGGGAUGUAGUCGUGAACUUAGAAUAGGAGACAAGGAUUUUUCAAUGUAGAAUGAGAUAGAAAAAGAACAUGUUUUUGACUUAUUAUAGUCUAGUUGUAUGGAACGGUAACUUAAAAAAUAAGGUACUUUGCAAUUUUGUAUGAAACUCGGAUUGCCAA